UUUAAUCUUUCCAAUCUUCCUUAGAUGAAAAAGAGAAGAAAAUAGCUUUGUUUUUUCCUCAUCUGCUGCGCAUUGCUUGCUUUUAAUUGACUACUUGGGCCAUCGAUCUUGUUUCAAUGCCAAGUUGUGGAUGUCAGUUCACAUGUUAGAGCAGUUUUUCAAUAGAAUGUUGAUCAUUAUGUGUUUAAUUUGCCAUUCUUCUGUUUUUAUGCCGACUUCUUUUGUAUGUACUGAGAAUUGUUCUAAUCUUAGAACAGAGUAGGUGAAAAUCCCAGUAGACAGGAUUACUGGUCUGAGUGAACAGUUGGCACAAAUCAAAGGCUUCCCUCUCGUCUUUCUAAUGCUGUUACAUGAAGGAAGGACAUCUAACCGCCACAAAUAUUCUUUCAUUUGAGCCCCAAAGAGCUGUUUAUAUUUUUUCUAGCUUCAUUGAUUGCCUUCCAACUCACUUGUUUGCUUCAUUCUGCUUCAAAUCAAUUAGCUUGUAUCCAUCAUUAGGCAUCAUCUUUUGAGCUCCAUGGCAGCUUUGGAGGAAGAGCUGACCUGUUCCGUCUGCCGGGACAGCUUCAGCCAGGCCCACCCUCUGCCCUGUGGCCACAGCUUCUGUCCUGCCUGCAUCCGUGAGGCCUGGAUCCCUCAGGAGGAGCGAAAAGGUUGUUUCACCUGCCCCCAAUGUCAGGAGGAGCAUGGUGAAGUCCUCUGUGACUGCUGCCCUCUCCAGGGGGAGGACGGUCCCUCCCCGAUGGCUGUCAAAACCUGCUUGAGGUGUGAGGUGUCGCUUUGUGCUGACCACCUUCGACCCCACCUGGAGAGACCAGCGUUCAGCAGCCACCUGCUGGUGGAGCCGUUGGGGGACCUGUCCCAGCGCAGGUGUCCUGCUCACUUAGAGGUAUUUCGUUACUACUGUGUGGAUGAGAGGGUUUAUGUCUGCGGGGACUGUCUGCUGGAGGGGGGACACACUCUGCACAAAGUGAAGCCGCUGAAAAAAGUGGAGGAGGACCUGAAGAUCAUCUUACAGAAUCUCCUCAGCAAAGCAGAAAAGAAGCUAAAAGAGGGUGAGAAAGUUCUCAAAGAGCAUGAAAACAUCGAUUCUGUCAUGGCGGACUCUCUAAAGCAGGAUAACAGCCAGGUGGAACGGCUGGACACAGAUCUACAGGUCCAGGUGAAGAGGUUGGUGUUGGCUCUAAAGGAGAUCACCAAGAAGGAAAGGCAGCAGAUCAUAGAGCGUGUGCAACAAGACUGCGUCAGAGUGAAAGACGACAUGAGCCAGACAGUGAAAAUUCAGCACUACCUGAACCUGCUGCUGGCAGAGACUGACCCUUUCCUGCUCAUUUGGGCAUUUCAAUCAGAUGACACAAAAUUGUUAGCAGACCUGAAUUGCCCACUUUUCCUCCCUGAGCCCAUCUGCAUGGACAGGAAGCACAUCAUUGAAGACAUAGAGAGCAAAUAUCGAGAGUUCAUCACUGCCACCCUCCGCUGCCUCAGCGAGCUUAAGAAGGAGCUCUUAACCAGCCCUUUGACCCUGGACACAAACUCUGCACAUCCUCUGCUGAGCAUCUCUGAUGAUCUGCGUUCAGUCACACGUGUAAAAAGCCGCCUUCCCCGCGCCACUCACCCUGAGCGCUUUGACCACUGGCCGCAGGUCCUCACAAUCCAGACCUUCUCUUCGGGGACCUACUAUUGGGAGCUGGAGGUUGAGGGAUUCUGGGACAUUGCCGUCUGCUACCGCAGCAUCGGACGGAAGGGGAAAGAAGGAAAUGCUUUUGGAAACAACAAGGUGUCUUGGAGCUUGACCCAGCAACACGACAGAAAGCUCUCUGCUUGGCACAACCGCAGGAAGACUCGGCUCACGUACCAGAUGGUUGGCAAUCGAGUUGCAGUAGCUGUGGAUUACAGCUUUGGGACCAUCACUUUCUCCGAGGUGGGGCCUUCCAACAACCUUAUCCACCUCCACACUUUCUCCACCAGCUUCACUCAGCCUGUGUGUUUAGGCUUGGGACUCUAUAAAGCUGAGCUCAAGAGUCGCAUCUCCAUUGUCAAAGUGUGAGGAUGAAAACAGCCCUGUGGAAACUACUAACACAGAACUGCGAGUUAAAUGACACUUGUUCAUGUAAAAAUUUAUUCCAGAAAUGCUUUCUAACAGUAUCGACACUGCA